AGGACGUGUCUCUGAAUCGCUCAAUCUUGCACGCAAGCAUCAGGCACAUUGGAACUUUUCACCUUAUCGUCUUCUGACAAGUAUUUGCUGCGUGCUUCAAUUCGCCCAGCGCAGACAUCGAGGUUCCACCAAGAUAGCUCCUCGUGACUUACACCGGAAACAGUACAUUACAUUGCAGGGCAGGCAGGUCGUCAACAUGGAUAAAGGAGGUGCUUCCGCUGCUGUCUUUGCGUCCAGAGACUUGUCCCAGAUAGGUCAAGAAAACCCGCGUGUUCCCACCUCCCCGGGCCUGGACUAUGAUGAGCUCUUCAGGUCUGUCUUUGACUGGGAUCUCUACUGUGACUCGACCAGGUCUCAGGGCUACCCAGGAGCUUCUAGCUCCCCUCGCCUAAGCUACAGGGACCUUCCCUCGCUCAUCACUGAUAUCCCUUCCUUUCUUGAUCAUCUCUCUCUUGACAGGAGCGAGGCCGAAUACCUAAGGAUGACCCCUGGUCUGAGCCCGGACGAUGGAGGGAUUACCACAUCCGAGUCCAUGGGUCAGACCCCACCAGAACUCGUCAGAGGUGGUAGUACCUCUCCUUCCUCUCACUCUGGCUCCGUCUUCUUCGAUGGCGUAGACGAUGUCCGUCGACGUCCUCGAGUCAGCCUCCAAGAGGUUCAGGCCCAGGAUGAUAAGUGGACGUACCCCCAGGCCGUACCUAGCAAGCACGCCCCCCGGGGGUAUGGCUACCCACAUCAGAUCCAGGUACACGAGUCCUCGUCCCGCCGCUCAAGCCACACCAAGACAUACUCAUACUCACCCUCCUCAAACUCAACCUCUGGUGUCAAGCGUCAGCGUUCUGUGGAGAAGAGGUCAAGACAGCUCUCUGAUCCAGACCAGACAGCCGAUGUCCGCAAGAGUGGAGCCUGUCUUCCGUGCCGUAUCUCCAAGACCCGCUGUCAAGACUGUGGCGUCUGUCCCUAUUGCCGUAAGGCCUUCCCAGACCACUCACACCUGGUCUGUACCCGUAGGACCCCUGCGGUUGCUCCGCCUGUGAUUCGUCACAUCGUCGACGUCUGGUCAACCGACCCUGCGGAAGAGAGGCGUGUCGUUGAUCAUGAGCCUCGCUUUCCCACUGCCAAACCCAGAGAUAUUGUCAUCUUCUUCACCCGCGAUGCCGAAUCCCCUUUUCUUCGGGCAUCUGUUCAAGCAUACCAUUCUCAGAAUGGAACCGACGAGAAUCCAAGAAACGCUGCGUUUGAGCGGGACAGGUUUCCAACUUAUGGUGAACUCCAACGCUGGGUUGAGGCACAGAUCCGAAGAGAACGCAGCUCUCGAUUUGAGCAUAUGGUGCAAAACUUUUUGCUCUCAUAUUAUGAGGACGGCCAGGGACUUCCAAAGCACAACCUCGUCUCCAAGGUCCACACAAUGAAUUGUUUCUUCAGAAUCUGGAAAGCUCCGCGCUUCACCUGCUGCAGCUCGUCCAACAAGCUCUCUCAGGUCCCCUUUACUGUUCAAGCAGAGCUUAGGCGCAUUGCAUGGAACGCACUUGUGUCCCAUGAGCACGAUAUCCUCAAGCUCCUCGAAGACUGCUUGGCACAACAAGAGCCUCUUAAAGCUCAAGAGAAGAUGGCAGUUUGGGCUAGCUUGUGGCAACUCAUGAUCAUGUACAGAGACUUAGUCGUUGCACAUGAUGGAUAUUUCGCCCGAAACCCAAGUGCCCAGAGAGACCAGAAUAUCGUUGGGGCUUUUGAGAACCUUUACAAUGGAUUCUUCCCUUUGAUAGCCAUAUUCUAUCACUGCCAAUUCAAGACUCCCAAGAGAAUGGAGAUGUCAAUGGACUGGCUCAAGGACUAUCCUUCCCAAGCUCGACAUAGCAGCAAAAUUCGCCAGUUCUCGCAGGAUAUGAUGGACACCAGAAAGGAAUUCUGUAAGACCACAACACCUUAUUAUGUGGGACGUGCCACUGACCUUUCAACAGACGAGAGAAUUCAGCGUUCGUCGUACAAGGUUGACGAGCGGCUGAGCGCCUUGGUAGUUAACCAUGAGCUUAAGAAGAUCUCAUCCAAGAGACGCCCUCGAAGUAGUACCAAGAGUAAGGGAAACUCCCGUGAUAGUGCGUAAUAACUGCACAAAUCAUGUCCAGUCAUUACAGAAAAUGAUUUGCAAACAAAAAGGCAAAACAGGAAGAAAAAACAUAUGGAAAAGACAAAAUACAAACAAAAAAGCAUGAUAUGAUGGUUCUUUUAUGAUUUAUAACGAAUACAACGACGUUCGCUGCAUAUGGGCUUGUUUAAUGUGGAUCGAAGGAAAAACAUGUGUGUAUUGUGUUGGUUUAUGUUGAUGAAGAAAUGUGACAUGGCAAUGGGCUCACUUGGGCAGUUAUCUUGUAUCUUGGCUUCUUCCCUCCAUUCUUUUUGGCGGUUUUCUCAACCCUGUCGGCGAGAUCUUCUAGACUGACACUCGCUAUAUUGGCCGAGGCAACUCUGAUCGUUAAUACGAUUCUCUCUUUUUUAUCCUCUGCC